CCCGCCGCGGCCCGUGCCCAGCUCUCGAGCGCGCGGUGGGCGAGCGGCCACAGGGGCGUCCCGGCCCGUCCGCUGACCCCAGCUCCGCGCCGCCGCCACCUGGCGAGCCCGCGGCCGGCCUGGAGGACGACGCGCGCCUCCGCGCUGUGUUCGACGCCCUGGACGCGGAUGGGGACGGCUUCGUCCGCAUGGAGGACUUCGUCCAGUUCGCCACCGUCUACGGGGCAGAGCAGGUGAAGGACUUAACUCAGUACUUGGAUCCCAGUGGGCUCGGCGUGAUCAGUUUUGAAGACUUCUACCAGGGCAUCACAGCUAUCAAAAAUGGAGAGUCCAACAGCCAGCUGCCCAGCGUGGUGCCUGCCCAGGAUGAGGAUUCCUCAACCUGCGCUGAUGAGUUCUACGACUUCGUCACCUACGAGGCCAACGAGGUGACGGACAGUGCGUACAUGGGCUCAGAGAGCACCUACAGCGAGUGCGAGACCUUUACCGAUGAGGACACCAGCACCCUGGUGCACCCUGAGCUGCAGCCUGAGGGGGAUGCUGACAGCGCUGGUGGCUCAGCUGUGCCCUCUGAGUGCCUGGAUGCCAUGGAGGAGACUGACCAUGGUGCUCUACUGCUCCUCCCAGGCAGGCCCCGCCCUCGCAGCCAGGCCGUCRUCAUGGUGAUGAGCAGCGAGGAACAUUUUGAGGACUACGGUGAGGGCAGUGAGGCUGAGCUGUCCUCAGAGGCCCUCUGCAGUGGGGAGCUGGGCUGCAGUGACACCGCUUUCCUCACUCCCAGCUCCGACCCGCUUGCCUCAAAGCUACACAGCAUCCUCACUGACGAGGCUUUUGAGUUUUACUGUAGCCAGUGCCACAAACAAAUCAACCGCCUUGAGGACCUUUCUGCCCGCCUGAAUGAUCUUGAGAUGAAUAGCCCAGCCAAGCAGCUGUCCAGCAGGAAGGUGGCAAGGUACCUGCACCAGUCGGGGGCCCUGACCAUGGAAGCUUUAGAGGACCCUCCCCCAGAGCCUGUGGAGGGUCCAGAGGAAGACAUUGCUGACAAGGUUGUCUUUCUGGAGAGGCGGGUGUCAGAGCUGGAGAAGGACAGUGCUGCAGCCGGAGAGCAGCAUGGUCGGCUUCGGCAGGAGAACCUACAUCUGGUGCAUAGAGCCAACGCCCUAGAGGAGCAGUUGAAGGAACAGGAGCUCAGAGCCCAGCAGAUGGUCCUGGAAGAGGCCCGGAAGCAGAAGGAGCUCCUGUGCAGAAUGGAGCGAGAGAAGAGCAUCGAAAUUGAGAACCUACAGGCCAGGCUGCAGCAGCUGGAUGAGGAGAAUGGUGAGCUGCGGUCCUGCACGCCCUGCCUGAAGGCCAACAUUGAGCGUCUAGAAGAGGAGAAGCAGAAGUUGCUGGAUGAGAUCGAAGGGUUGACGCUGCAGCUCAGUGAAGAGCAGGAGAGCAAGAGGAAGAUGGGGGACAGACUUAGCCAUGAGCGGCACCAGUUCCAGAGAGACAAGGAGGCAACCCAGGAGCUGAUAGAGGACCUGCGCAAGCAGCUGGAGCAUCUACAGCUCCUUAGGCUGGAGGCUGAGCAGAGACGGGGCCGCAGUAGCAGUCUGGGCCUGCAGGAGUACAACAGCCGCACCAGGGAGAGCGAGCUGGAACAGGAGGUCCGAAGGCUCAAGCAGGAUAACYGCAACCUGAAGGAGCAGAACGAGGAGCUCAACGGGCAGAUCAUCACCCUCAGCAUCCAGGGUGCCCGGAGCCUCUUUUCCACAGCCUUCUCUGAGUCCCUUGCUGCGGAGAUCAGCUCGGUGUCCCGUGACGAGCUCAUGGAGGCUGUCCAGAGGCAAGAGGAGAUCAACCUCCGCCUGCAGGACUACAUCGACAGGAUCAUCGUGGCCAUCAUGGAGACCAACCCGUCCAUCUUGGAGGUCAAGUAGUCCCUCCAAGACCAGCCUGGCUGCUCAGUCCUCCACCAGCACCCAGAGAGCCCCUCACACCUUGAGGAGCUACGCCCAGGCAGUGGGGCUACAGAGGGUGCACAGCAGUACCAAGGAGGGAGAAGGAGAGCCCCCAGCGUGUAGUCCACAGUGGACAGGGAGGGGGCAGGGCCUCUCAGCCUCUGUGCAGUGUCAUGGCAGUCUCAGGCUGGGGCAAGUCCCUCUGACUUCCUCAUGACAGACCCCUCUUCCCACCAGGGCUAUGACAGCCACACAAGCACCCUGACACAUCCAAUCCUGGUUGCUCCAGAUGGACUCCCUGUAUGGGACAUGGUGGUGUGGGAAGGACAGGUGGGUGAGGCUGACACGUGCAGGGUCUGGCUAUGAGCCACAGGMCCCUAGUGCUCUCCUCCCCAACUGCUCAGGACAUCACCCAGCCAAAUGCCACCUCGAUCCAGCUUUAGGCCCAAGGGCCUCCAAGCUGUGCAGCCAUCCCAUGGCCUGACCCUUGCUGCAGUAGCCCUCAGGGACUCUUGACUCUUAUGCCAAGACUGGGGCAGGAGCCCACUGAGACUCUUUGCUCUGAAGUCAGGACUUGGGAUCCCGACUCUGGAACUCAUUGCAUGGAUGGUGGACAGUCCUGUCCUGACUCCCAGGUGCAGGGGCCACUUCUCUGGGUGUGGCCUGCCUUGGCCUCCUGGAGCAGUCCUCCCUAGGCGGACUGCCAUCGCCUUGGGUGAAGUCAGAUUUUUUGGGCCCCGGUCCAAAAACCUCAUGGCUCUGACUUAAAAUCGCUGUUCUUCCUGAGGGUGCAGGAGGGCAGGGAAGCAGGCUUUUCCACGACUUGAGCAGUGGCUCCUUGCAAGCUGCUGGCCCAUAGCCUGUGGAAGUGAGUGCGUGCCUUGUGCACCUGCAGCCCUGCGCCUCCACGUGGCCCUCCACACUAGAGCUUGUGUGGCCCUGUGUUGUACAGUUUUGGGGAAAGCCUCGGGUGUAAAUCAAUGUAAACUUGGAGGAGAGAUUUUUCUAUCAUGUAGAGUAGGUAUUUUUUAUAGAUUGAAGGUUGAUCAAUUUUUUAAUACUUUACAGAGAGAAAACUAUCUGUGUAUACACAUAAAAUAUAUAUAUAUAUGUAUGUAUAAUAUAUAA